AUUCUUGAUGCUUAGCCCUCCACACCGAAUCUUUGCUCCCUCACAAUCCACAGCCAUGGCUUGCGUCGCUGCCUGCUCCCUUGCUGCCCCGGCUGCUGGCCUCGCGGGCUCCUCCCUGGCCGCCCGCAAGACUGCCCGUGUCCAGCUCAAGUCAGCAUUUGUUGGACAGCGCGCUGUGGUGCAGGCUCCUCGCGCCGAGGCUCGCGUCACCUGCUUCGUGCGUGACUGGCUCCGCACUGACCUGUCGGUGAUUGGCUUCGGCGUCGUUGGGUGGCUCGCGCCUUCCAGCAUCCCCGCCAUCAACGGAAAGUCUCUCACCGGCCUCUUCUUUGAGAGCAUUGGCCCCGAGCUCGCUCACUGGCCCACUGGCCCCAGCAUCGACUCCCCCAUCUGGCUGUGGAUGAUCCUGUGGCACUUCGGCCUGUUCGCCUGCCUCUGGUGGGGCCAGAUUGGAUUCAAGGCCCGUGCUGAUGGCCUGAACAAGAUGUAAAAACUGUCUUCGGCUGUGUUGAAGUGAAAUGUACAGCAUUAAUUUGAAAAGCCCUUAUAAUUAUCAUACUAUGCAUUGCACAACUUUCGGGAAGCAGAACAU